CUCUAUUGAGCCGCGGACGCGCCGGCUUCGAGCAUCCCUGGCGGGGCAGGUGAGGGGCCCUGGGGCUGCAGCUCCGGCGGCCUUGGCACAGCCGUCCUGUGACAUGGCCAGCUCCGGAGAGGAGGAAAAGUGGAGGAGGAGGUGCUAUCAAGACAAGUCCCCAAACUGCUGACCUUGGUGGCCAACACCACUCUUGACCUGGUAGUGUCAUUUGGUGUCUGUCGUGGCUUCCCCUGUAGGAGGAUGGAGGACACCACUUUGUCCCCAGAACAGGAGAUGAGCAAGGUGGACACUGAGUCCCCAGACACCGAGGCCGCAGACACCGCAGCUGAAGUGGCAGGCGGCGCUCACCUGCUGGGCUUCUCUGACGAGAUCCUGCUGCACAUCCUGAGCCAUGUGCCCAGUACAGACCUGGUCGUGAAUGUGCGGCAUGUGUGCCGGAAGCUUGCAGCCCUGAGCCUGGACAAGAGCCUGGUGCACAGUGUGCUGCUACAGAAGGACUAUCAGGCCAGUGAGGACAAGGUGAAGCAGCUGGUGAGGGUGAUCGGCCGGGAGAUCCAGCAGCUGAGCAUGGCCGGCUGCUACUGGCUGUCGGGUGCUACCAUCGAGCACGUGGCCCGCUGCCGUGGGCUGGUAAAGGUGAACCUAUCCGGCUGCCACCUGACCUCCUUGCGCCUCUCCAAGGUGCUUUCAGCCCUGCAGCAGCUGCGCUCGCUGGCCAUCGAUGUGAGCCCUGGUUUUGAUGCCAGCCAGCUGAGCAGUGAGUGCCGAGCCACGCUGAGCCGCGUGCGGGAGCUCAAGCAGACACUUUUCACACCCUCCUAUGGCGUGGUGCCCUGUUGCGCCAGCUUGCAGAAGCUGCUGCUAUACUUCGAGAUCCUGGACCGCACGCGGGAGGGCGCUGUGCUCUCAGGCCAGCUCAUGGUGGGCCAGAGCAAUGUGCCUCACUACCAGAACCUGCGUGUCUUCUAUGCACGCUUGGCACCUGGCUACAUCAACCAGGAGGUAGUGCGGCUGUACCUGGCAGUGCUCAGUGACCGCACACCCGAGAACCUGCACGCCUUCCUCAUCUCAGUCCCGGGCAGCUUUGCUGAGAGUGGGGCCACCAAGAACCUCCUGGAGUCCAUGGCUCGCAACGUGGCCCUGGAUGCUCUGCAGCUGCCCAAGUCCUGGCUGAACGGCUCAUCUUUGCUUCAGCACAUGAAGUUCAACAAUCCGUUCUACUUCAGCUUUAGCCGCUGCACGCUGUCUGGUGGCCACCUGAUCCAGCGUGUGAUCAAUGGUGGGAAGGACCUGAGGAGCCUGGCUAGCCUGAACCUCAGUGGCUGCGUGCACUGCCUGUCGCCAGACUCCCUGCUCCGCAAGGCUGAGGACGACAUUGACAGCAGCAUCCUGGAGACUCUGGUGGCCUCCUGCUGCAACCUGCGUCAUCUCAACCUCUCAGCAGCACACCACCACAGCUCUGAGGGCCUGGGCAGGCACCUGUGCCACCUCCUGGCUCGUCUCCGCCACCUGCGCUCACUGUCCCUGCCUGUCUGCUCUGUGGCUGACUCUGCACCUCUAGCGGACCGUGUGCCGGCCCAGCCUGCCAUGCACGCAGUGCCACGUGGCUUUGGGAAGAAGGUACGCAUAGGUGUGCAGACCUGCCCCGGCCCCUUCGCAGGCCACCAGCCCUCCUCUGCAUUUUGGUCCCUGCUGAAGAACCUGCCCUUCCUGGAGCACCUUGAGCUGAUUGGCUCCAAUUUCUCCUCGGCCAUGCCACGCAACGAGCCUGCCAUCCGCAACUCCCUCCCUCCCUGCAGCCGGGCACAGAAUGUUGGGGACUCCGAAGUGGCCGCUGUCAGCCAGCUGGCCUUCUUGCGGCACCUGACGCUGGCCCAACUGCCUGGCAUCCUGACUGGCUCAGGGCUGGUGAGCAUCGGCCUGCAGUGCCAGCAGCUGCAGUCUCUGUCAUUGGCCAACCUGGGCAUGAUGGGGAAGGUGGUCUACAUGCCUGCCCUCUCUGACAUGCUAAAGCACUGCAGGCGGCUGAGGGACCUCAGGCUGGAGCAACCCUACUUCAACGCCAACGCCCAGUUCUUCCAGGCGCUGAGCCAGUGCGCCUCUCUGCAGCGCCUGUGUCUGGUCUCCCGCAGUGGCACCCUGCAGCCUGACGCCAUGUCGGCCUUUAUGGCCCGCUGCCCACACGUCGUUGUGUGCCACGUGUUCACUGGCGAGUCACUUGCCACCUGCAAGAGUCUGCAGCAGUCCCUCCUCCGCAGUUUCCAGGCUGAAAGGCCCGCCCUGAAUGUUGUCAUCUUCCCCCUGCUCCACGAGGGCCUGACAGAUGUCAUCCGGGACGUCCCCAUGGUGCACCUGGAUGAGAUCACCUUGUUUAAAAGUAGGGUGGCAGAGGAGCCCCCAAACCUGUGGUGGUGAGAGGGCCCCCUCCCUCUACUGCUCACUACUGCUGCCACUGCCGACCCCGCGAAGCCUGCAGCCAUGGGACCUCUUGGUUUGUCACAGAGAAAAGAAAUAGCUCCCGGCCACCCUGCAGACCCCACCCUGGUGCCCCUGUGUCUCCUCUCGCUUUCUACCCCAGGGACUUGUCACUGAAGUUUAGAAUGAGGGUUUGUGCUCUGGGUGAUGGAGAGGGUUGGGGUGGGUACCAAUAUGGGGGCAGCAGUCAAGCCAGGUGGACUGUGGCCCUUGUCUGUGCCCCGUCAUGUCCUCUUCAGCUGAGGAGCACCUCCUCCACUGUGCCGUGGUCAUGUGGUGUUGGUCUCUGUGGGCUGGGGUAGGUUUUCCCUGCCGAGAUGGCUGUGCUGAUGUCUGCAAGUUUUGUACCUGGAGAAGUGGGUUGUCCUGUCCCACUGAGGUGCAUCUUAGGGCUGGGGUAUACCUCAGUGGUAGAGCACUUAGCAGGUGUGAGGCCUGUGGAUCAAGCCCUGGAGCCCCCCUAUCCCCCCCAAAACACAUUUUAACCCA